AUGGAAAGUACCAAAGUCAACCGUUACCGUUCGGUUUUUUAUUUUCAUUAUCAUCUAUGAUGCGAAAUAUCUCUCAUUGACUUUUUUCCUCAAUGUGUAAAAGACGGUUCUUUUCUUUCUUGUCAGACUCACCUUUUGGUAUUUGUGAAUCAAUAUUUUAUGACUGAUUGCGAUUUGAAGGCAGAACGGUGUGAAAGGAGUGAAUCGAGGCUUGUUUUGUGGGAGAACGCUUUUUGCUCUGGGGGCACACCGCGUGCCUUGCGUGUCAUCAGCUGACCACUCACGAGAUCCUGUCCUUUUUCGAUUUCUGGUCGCCUCUCGUCGUCCCCGUUCGCCUUUCCUCUGCUUUUCGUCGGUUUUUGAUGCUGCUUCUUGACUUAUGUCUCUCUUUUCGAUCAAUUUUCCUCAGUAUUAACCUUUCAUUUCUCUCCAGUUUUGUUUAGGGUCUGAGCAAGUUUUUUUUUUGGAAAUUUUCCCGCUGUCUCUUUUUUUUUUUCUUACAAAGAGUUCAGGAAAUUGAGUUUGAUUCAUUUUUGACAGUUUGAUGAGUAAGAAAUGAGUCAUGUACUCCCAUGAGUAAGAACCUUUUUUUGCAUCUAUUCGCUAGAAAUUGAUGUUCUCCAGACUCCUCCAAAAUCAGAUUUUUGCUCCGUCAAAUGAUUCAAGUUCAAGUUUCAGAAAAAGUUUUGAAUGCAUUCACAUCUUUUAGUAUUCUUUUUGUGUAUUAAAAAAUAUGUUUUUCUAGGUUAGUCAAUGCGAUAGUGACCUUUUUCGUCUUUAAUUAUCCAGUUUAAAUGAAAAAAAACUUCAUCAUGGGAGCUUUUGCUUCGUAAACACGACGAAACGCUUUGAAAGGCGCGUGAUCGGAUCGAUGCCCAAAUAUGAGUCAGCGAGGAGGACGCCCUGAGGGUCCGCCUUCGCCCUGGGGAACUCGGGAAAAUUUCAAUUCUUAUCUUGCUCUCUUGCCAUUCAUCACGUGAACCUCUCUUUUACCAUGUUUGUUGGGCUUUUAGUUCCGAAUCAAAAUGUAAACCAACCAAAACGACUCAUUGCGCGAUAUUUCGUCACAAUAAAUGUUUUGGAUUUUGAAAUAGCGAACAUUUUUGUGAAGUUUGAUCAGAAUUCAGUUUUAAACAAUUUCGUAGGCUCUGAAUGGAAAAAAAAAUCACUUUCAUCAUUAGUCGAAAAAGACACGCUCAAUGAGAAUUUAAUGAUUCUUAUUCAGAACCGCUCUUAAGACGACAGACACUUGGACUAAGUAUAGUAGUUCUUGUGUUUUUCGUCUCUGGUUUUCCAAAUUUUCUUGGACUUUUUGUUUUCCUCGCAUUGAAUCUGGCCCCUCCCUCGUGUUCUCAUCACAUGAGCGUUAUAAUAUCGUGCCGCUUUCAUUUCCUGUUGCUCAUACUAGAAGCCGUCACUUUCCGAGGCUUCGAUAUAUUCCCACCUUCUGCGAAUCGGAACUCGAAACUUCCUGUUGCUCAUUGUUGAGGUGAUGUCACAAUACUCCCACUCCCUCGUCUCAACCACUUGUGUUUACUUUUUCCUUGCUCGCUCUUUCUUAUCAUCCCGCUUUUAAACCUUGAUCAUUCCUCACCAAACUCUUUCUAGAACGGUUUUUCCGAAUUUUCUCUUUUUUCUCCAAAAGUUUUCACACGUGCUGGUCAUUUUGAUAGAAGUUUCUCUUCGCUUUUCCCACGUUUUCUCUUUCACACGACGCGCUCUAUUCUUUCACAUUUUUGGCCAAUGUCCAAUCGAAAUUUGAUGAUUUUCAGGCCGAAACCUCACAAAAACGUUUAAUUUUUGUCUUGUCGCGGAAAGUCCGUGACCGAAAGCUGUGCAAAACGGCGCGAGAGAAGCAAUCGAGCGUUUGCGCUCACGACGCGAUUGACGCCGUCGGCGGAGUCGUCAGGAACGAAUCCAAGGGCGCCAGAAUCAUGCAGGCGCCGCAAAUCGUACCCAAACCCAACCGGUAUGUUCUCAAUUCCUGAGAUUGUUUGAGUUGGACGAGUCCGAAUGCUGAAGUCGUCUGUAAGAAAAUUGUAAAACAAGAGAUAUGCUUCAAUUUUUUCUUUCUUCAACUCAACCUACAAAAAAGUUCUCACAUCUAGAUUAAAGUAUUUUACAAAAAUUCAGAAGUUAAAAAAUUUCUGUUUUUUGUGAGCUUUUUCUAAUUUUUUAACUUCAUCUCGUGAGUGACAAAAAAUCCUACAUGCCGCCAAUAUGGGAUUUUCUGAAGAAGCUUUUUCCCCAAACGAUUAAAUCGAAGUAAACCAUAAGUUUAAUUUAAUAAGAAAUGAUUUUCUAUGAGUUCCUUGAUUCCCCUAGAAGUUUUCUGAGGAUGAGUUGAAAAAAAAUUGCCUAAUUUUUUUAUUCACACGAAAUUUUAAUGGGCUUUUUGAACUUUGCUAUUCAAAAAAAUAGUAUAUAAAUUGUUCAAAACAUUCGAAUGUAUUAAAACGUUGACUCGAUUUUUUCGCUUGGAAAAAAGGAAUAUGCUUUUUUAUGACUUGUCGAAUCGUUCCCAGCCAUAGUGAAAGUUGACGUACUUGAGAUAGUGUAGGAACACUUUUCUUUCUUUUUCCAUGAGGGUUAUUGUAUUUCUGGCGGCAGAAAACGGAAAGAAGCAGCGACUUCAUUGUAAAAAUGGGAUGGUUCUAUUGUACUGGUGGUAAUAACUGUACGAAAUUAGAGGGAAACGGGAGGCGGGUAAUGUUUAUUGGUAGGAAGAAAUUGCAACCACUCUCAUCGUGUUACCAGAUGUUGAAACCGAACACAACCGUCGGUUUGCAGAUUUUAUGGGCCUUCGACGAAACAAAGCGGGGCUCUGACGGGCUCACGAGGACCGAAAACUCUCGGCUGGUUCAUGAACGAGGACCUUUUCGACAAACGCCAAGGUAGGAUUUUGUCAGAUCAAGCUUAUUCUUUGAAAAUCUCUUCACUUCUUAUUCUUCUGACUUUGUGAUAGCUCCAUUCUCAAACCGAACCGAUGGAGUUUCCGGAACCUAGGAGAAUUACAUAAGCGCAAAAUUCGCACAAAUGGUUCUCGUUAGCCGAUGUGGCAGAGUUAUUUGAAUAGCUGCGGCGUGUAGAAAAGCCGUUGUCAUGUGACCGUUUUAUACACGGCACGUGGUGGCUGCUUCCAUCGAUUUCCAGACUCGCUCUUUGAUAUUCAGACGGAAAUGGCAAAAAAGAAAUUGCAGAGCACGAGGCGGAGGUGCCGCGGAUGGCGGUCGAGGAAAAAAAGAAGCGUCGAAUCAGGAAACCGAUCAGCACCGCCAUGAAGAAGGCCGAGUUCGUCGCCAACCAGGCCAUGAGCGAGAGCAGCGGUGAGUUCUGUUGGUCGAUGAGAAGCUUGCCAGGAUCGCGAUGAACUUGGCUGAUUUUUCCUUUGUUUGCGUCUCCAUUAUGACCUCUGGAACAUUCAGAAGAUUACUUCGAAGAGCAAGCGGAAGCGGCAGAAGCUGCGGCGAGCCUCCCGACGUCGCUCCGACCCGAAGACUACUGGUACUACGACCUCGCUUCCGACGGCUACUACUACGAACAAAGCGGCGCCAAGGGCUGGAGACGUCGAAUGCCCAACUCUGCCUUGCUCCAUAUGAAAGAACAGGUUAUCACCUCUUUCCUACGAUUCUGAAGUCUGUGGAAGUUUCAUAAUUCAACAGUCGGUCUCCCAGAACUAAUUUUUACAUAUGGUGAAGGGGUGUACGAAAAGGCUUAAAACUAUUUUCAAUAUGCAUUCUUUUUGCUAACACCUUGCGGCUAACGUAGUGUUUUUUCUUUCAAGUUUGUGACUCAGAGGUGUAACUCAUUGAACCAAACCAAUUCGAGCGGCCCCUCUUGUCCCAUUACAUCCACAAUUGUUUCUCUCAUGAUAGCCUUCGUAAACCAUUCCCAAACGUUUAGCAGCCGGGCGCAAUUGAUGCCGCUUCAUCGAAAACCCCCGCUCGUAAAACACAGCCGUUUUCAAUUACCAGUUGAUUUGUUUACAAUCGCGAGUUCGUCUUUUGAUCCGAAAGCCGUUUGUUUUUAAAGAGAUCCAGUUUUUCAUCUCAAAUAUCCGCAAAAAGCUUAUUUUUGUUGAUAUUGGGGAAACGGCUAUUUGCUUAAAGAUUUUUUUCGAUAUUCUCAAAAAGUGAAACUUUACAGGAAGCAGCCCGGGCCUCUGGUAACAACGAGAAGAUGAACCUGAUGACGUCGCAAGCCGCGGCCGCCCAAGCCCAUGCUCUUUUCCAGCACGCCAUGCUCGCCCAACAGCAAGCCCAACAUCAGCAACCGGCCAUGAAGUGAGUCUUUCGGACUUCAUUUUCCAGACAACCCGACUCUUUUCAUUCCAUCCGGUUGAUAUCUAGAAUAAUUAUUCAAAUUCAAAUUUAUUUAAUAAUAUUUUUUUCAGAAGAACCCAUUUAAUUUUUCAACUUUUUUCCAGGUAUUACGACCCGAACACAGAUGGCUUCUUCUACGAGAUGGCGUCGGUGGACGGCUGGAAGAGACGCCAGCCGAACAAGCCUCUGGCCGCCUCGAUGCCUCACGGCGUGACGCGUCCGUACCGGCAGACGGAGACCCUCCCGACGCCCGCCACUGUCCCCAACAACUCCUACGGAGCGACUUUGGCUCGCGGCCAACUCCCUCGCAACUGCGUCAUCGACGAGAGCAGCGCCUGCUCUUCCACCAGCGGCGAUUAUCCCUUGCAGGUUUUCAUUCUCGGAAAUCUGACUCGUCACUCUCUCGGAGUUUAAUCUCAAAUCAGGAUUGUUUGCAUGGCGUCUUCCCUUACCGUUUCAUGUGAUUUUGAGUGACUGACGGCUGUUAUCUGCCUUUUCUAUCUAACCAUCUCUCCAUGAUUUUCGAUAGAUAGUUCCAAGUGUGACUUAGGAAAUUUUUCUUCGAACUGACAGUCAUAGACUAUUUCAGGACUUGUUCGGGUCCUACGACCAGAACUUUCCUUCGAUGUCGCGACCCAACUCUCUGAACCUACAAGGCAAACAAAUGGUCCCCAACUUCAACGCCGACAAGUUCAUUCGAGAUCUCUCCUUCUCCGGCCUCGACCACUCCAAGGUCCUUUCACAAACUCUUUUUUUUUUCAUUGAAGUGGUUUUUUUUGGUUUUGUGUGGGUCGUGAGCUUGGCGUCAUAAAUAAACACAUUAGGAACCGAAAAUUAAAAGAUAAUAGACAAAGAAUUCUAAUAAAAGAUGAUUAUGUCAAAGAAAGAUUUAAAGUAUGGGCGGAAAAUAGACGUCACUUUUACAAAAUUUAAGAAUUUCAACUUAUCCGACUAGAGAAAUCAGACUUAUUGGGAAAGACAUAAAAAGUAGACAAUGUUUUCAGAUGCUGGGAGCUAUGCGAUCGCCGGCGGAGACGUGGUCGCAGUUCCGCGGCUCCUUGGACGGAAAGCCUCAAGGAACUCCUGCCGAGGACGACAAAAUGCGAGAUCUUCUGAACGACAUCGAGAAGAUCUGGAGCAACCAUCCUGCCUUCUGA